AUGCUUUUUGGGGAUUCAAACAUCCCAAAACCUAUUUUCCCUACAACAAACACCGGAAGGAAAAGCAUGUUGAACUUUAAACCUGCUCAAUCACAGCCACAAAUCCUUUUAGAUCGUAGUAAUUUGAUUAAUUCCUUUCAACAACCAGACGAAAAUCAAGAUUCAAGUGAUAAAACACAAUCUAUCAAUGACCAAAAUCAGAUAAAUCCGACCGAAAUAACAUAUUCCAAUACGCAAAACCUUCCAAUAAAUCAAAUUUCUGCAACAAGCUCAAAUACAUCAAUAGAAAGCCUACAAAACGAAAAUGCAUCACAAACAAAUUCGGAUUCAAAGCAAAUUGAGUCAGAUACUAACAAUAUUUCGACAACGUUUUUUCGAGAUGAACAAGCCCAAAAUUCAUCUUCUAUGUAUUCCAUAAUAAGUGAUUCUCAAUGCCCUCCUUCGAUCAGGAGUUUUGAAAAUACAUUCAAACGGAUUUUUUCUCAUUCUUUGGCUGAAAUCCGUUAUUCUACAGCUAGAAACAUCGUUACAGCAAUACACCCAGAAGUAAUUGAUAUCAAUCCACUUGUUGACAGAACUAUACACGAUCUUAUCACUCAAAUUCCCGAUGCAAUACAAGAUGAAUGCAUUUAUCAAAAUCCAGUUAGUAAUAUAAACACUGAUGUAUUUUACAGUUGCAAUGAACAAAUAUCACAAAUUGAACAACAACUUGCGGAUUAUCAUACUUCUCAAGAAUAUGAAAAGGCAAAAACGAGGCAAAUGCUUGAAAAAGCUAAUAAAUCAUUAGAAGCAUGUCGACAGAUAUUCCAAGACAUAACACAACAAAGCCAAGAAGCUUGUCAGAAUUAUUUAAAAAUUUGCAAAGCGCAACAUGAAGUACAGAUAAGCAAAAUCAAAUACCUUCAUAGAGUACUACGAUCCUGCAAAUUAAGAAUGGCAGAAUUCUCAACCAGAACUCAGAAUCAGAUGAUGGAACUUGAGUCGGUGGAAAAUUCAAUCGAAAAGGCAGAAUUAUAUAGACAAAUGCAACCACAAUCACAAAGUAGCCCUAGACAGAACUAUAGUAAAAGAAUUUCAAAUGAAUUAAGAUCAAUUUUCGACAUAAUUAAGGAUCACAAUGAAGGUGGAUUACAAAAAGAGUUAGCUGAAGUUAAGACUUCAUUAGUGCAACUAACUAAACAAAUGUCUUCAGAAAUUAAUUCUUUGUCAAAAGAAACGAUAAGAAUCCAAAACCCAGCACCAGAACCUGUAGUGAGAUUUAGAAAAAUACAAGAAUCUCCACCAAUUCAAAAACAGACGCUUUCUCCUGAAAUUAUUCGAAGAGAAAAUGCUCGGCUGCAUGAGGAGACACAGCGCCAAUUAGAAGAGAAUCGUAGAGUUUUAUACGAAGAUGAUCCAAUCGGAUAUACUCUGGAUAAUAUUUAA